AUGGAAGGGCCGCUGCGCAAGACGGAUAUCGACAGGCUCGUCCUUGAGUACCUGAGAAAGCGCAACUUCAAGGAAGCAGAGAAGGUGCUGGAGCUGGAGAUGAAGGAGUCGAUACCAGCGGGCGAGCUGCUGGUGCAGAGCUGGCUGGGGUGGGGUGGCGAGGGCGUGGAGGAGCGGCUGCUGUUUGCCACGGCGGGGGAGGGCGAUCCAGCAGAGCUGGUGCAGGCCUUUGACCGGCUGGCGGCCUGGGUGGACAACUCCCUGGACAUCUACAAUCCGGAGCUGUCUCGGGUGCUGUUCCCUGCCUUUGCCCACACGUACCUCAACCUGAUUAACAUUGGGGCCAUGCCCGAGGCGCAGCAGCUGAUGGGGGCACACCGGCAGCGCUUCCUGGACGCCGCUGUGGGCGGGUCCAACCUGCGCAUGCAGGAGCUCCAAGACCUGGCCAGCAUCUCGUCGGCCGAGGCGGCCGCCGCGAGCCGCACCGCCAGCGCGCUGCGCUCCCGCCGCCUCUCCAUCCGCCUCUGCCGCGCCUCCUACGACCUGCUCACGCAGUUCCUGCAGGGUCCCAAGCAGCUCGUCAUGCUGGGCAUCGUGAAUGAGCACAUCAAGUUUGAGGCACGCAUGCUUGCUGGGGAGCCCGCCGCUGCGGGAAGCACCCUCGCCGCCUUUCCGCGCCUGCUCUUGCUCUUGGUGGUUGAGGGGCGACCCGCCACGCUGGCUGACCUGGCGGGUGUGGAGGAGGAUUUGACGGCAGGCGCCAUGCAGGCGGACGUGGUGGCCACCAACCAGUUCCCGCUGCAGCUGCGGCUGCUGCAGGCACGCGCCUGCCUGUUCCGGGCUGCUGCUGCCAGUGCUGGCAUGGGCCUGCAGCAGGGCAGACAAGCAGAGGAAGAGGCUGAUGCUGCGUCCAGCCCAGCCAUUUGGGGCAGCGUGGAGGACAAGUGGGCCCAGCAGCAGGCGGAGAAGGCGGAGGAUGAGGCGCAGAAGCAGGCGGAGGCAGAGGCGCUGACCAAGAAGAAACGCAUCGCCCUGCAGAGGGCGGCAGCGGAGGCUCGCAGCAAGCGGGAGAACAUCGGGCUGGACCGUGUGGCCCCCAAGUUCCCGCUGCCGCCCAUCAGCGACGAGCAGGAGGGCAUGCUGAUGCAGGAGCUGCAGCUGAGGCAGCAGGUGUCAGCCGACUCACUGCCUUCCUGCUGCUUCUUCACCUUCUUCAACACCCACCAGUCGCUCAACUGCGUGGCCUUCUCCAGCGAUGCUGCCGCGGUGGCAGGCGGCUUUGCCGACUCCUCUGUGCGCCUGUACGACCUGCAAGCGAGGGCCAGCGGCGCGGCGGCCGGCGCCGCGCCCGCAGACUGGGUGACCUACUUUGCGGGCCACUCGGGGCCCGUGUUUGGCCUGGACUUCUCGCCAGACAACCAGCUGCUGUUCAGCGCCUCGGGAGAUGGCAGCGUGAGGCUGUGGAGCAUGGAGGUGCGGGCCAACCUGGCGGUGUACAAGGGGCACCAGCUGCCAGUGUGGGAUGUGGCCACCUGCCCAUACUUCAGCCCCUUCUACUUUGCCAGCUGCGGCGCCGACCGCACCGCGCGCCUGUGGAGCACCGACCGCGUGCAGCCGCUGCGCCUGUUUGUAGGCCACACCUCGGAUGUGGAUGUGGUGCGGUGGCACCCCAACUGCCACUACAUCGCCACCGGCUCCGCCGAUAGGACAGUGCGGCUGUGGGACGUGCGCACGGGGCAGUGCUGCCGGCUGCUUGUGGGGCACAAGGACAAGAUCAGCGCCCUGGCCUUCUCCCCAGACGGCACCACCCUUGCCACCGCCGACGCCAGCGGCACGCUCAUCGUCUGGGACCUGGCCACCGCCAAGCGGCUGACCACCGCGCACGAGCACCGCGGCCCGGUGUGGAGCCUGGCGUACAGCCAGGGCGAGGGCGCGCUGCUGGCCUCGGGCGGCGCGGACAACACAGUUCGCUUGUGGAAUGCCAAGCCUGCGGCGGCGACGGUAGGGGCCGCAGCGGCUGGCAGACCGGCGGCAGGCGCGGCACGAGGGGCAGCAGCAGCAGCGGCGGCGGCGGGCGGCGGUACAGCGGAGCAGCAGGGAGCGGCGGCAGGCAGCCAGCAGGAGGGCGGCGGCGGUGGCAGCGAGCCGUAUGCGCCGGUGGUGACGUGGAGGACCAAGCUGACGCCCGUGUAUGGCCUGCGCUUCACCACCCGAAACCUCCUACUGGGCAGCGGGGCGCUGACCAUCCCCAGCCGGAAAUGA